CCGUAUCAUAAGAUGCAGUACAGUAUCAUAAUUUCAUUCCUUUACCUUUUUCCCCCUGAAUUAGAUGAAAGUCGGUCAACGCAUAAGAGGUAACCUACAUCGAACUAAAUAUCAUGGAAUCUUCUAGCAAGAUACAUUCAGAUGCCCAUAUGUAUUUCCCAAUCUCUUCAAAUGCAAGCCACGGUAUCUAUGGGGGUAUCUAUGCGAAACAUACAUGGACGAUACCAAUUACAACCGCCGGCCAGCUGUCAAACGGCUGUCUUCCCGGAUAACGCACCUCUUCCCCAAUCAAUCACAUACCUUACUGUACUGUACCUAAACCAACCUCCAUCAUAAAUCAACAUCUCUACCCCCUAAAAUAAGCCAUUGCCAAGGGGCCCCAAAUACCGUCUUGGGCUUUAAUGGCUUUCGCAUAAAAGCCAUCCCAACCGGUAGCGCAACAUCCGGGGCCCCACCAAGAAUAAAAAAAAAAUGUUGCGCGCCCAACUAAAAAGAGUCUCGCUGUCCGCGACAGCAACGGCUCUCCGGAGCCGCCUUACCGGGGCCGGGCCCUCGAAGCGUAGAUUCGGGUCGUUCAUCCCGGGAGCCGAAAUGCCUCCGGUGCCCAUCCUACGGCCAACUAUUUUCGUCCUAGUCUUUUCGGCAGGUAUCUAUUUCGCCUGUGCAGCGCAUGACGUGCACCGAGACAUAUCCAACGCCCGGAAGCGGAGGCUACUAACGGAGGCGAGCACAUGGACAUACGAUGACUUGGAGGAAUACAAGCAUCGGUACGGCGGUUUCUCCGUUAACGACUCCUGGUCGCGAGGAGAGCAUACGCGGAAUCCAAUUACGGAAUUACUAUCCGGAUACUCCAACCCAGAGAAAUUUACGUUAGGCGUCCUAGCACUCAACAUCGGAUUCUACGGCGCGGGCUCCCUGGCUCCGGGCACGUUCAUGCAGCAUUUCAAUCACGUCGCGGUGUGGAGUCCUAAUUAUACGUUACUCACCUCAGCAUUCCUGCACACGAAUAUUAUAUCCGCUAGUUUCAAUACGUUUGCCAUGAUCCAGAUCGCACCCGACGUCGCGCGGGAGGCGUUUGAUGGAAAUGGGAAUCAUUUCGCUGCGUUUUUCCUGUCUACGGCAGCGAUUACUUCUCUGGGAGAGCAUAUUGCGCCUACGUUGCCGACAAGGAGUUAUAAAAUGAAUCGAUUCGCGCCGACACAUGGGACUACCGGCGUGUUUAUGGCUAUGUUGGGUGCCUAUGCCGUACUUCACUCAGACCUCAAGAUGAACGUGUGGUUGUCGUCGAGCGAGCACAAAGUGAAGGAUGUCGCGACAGCAUGGGCAGUAUUCGAACUUGUCGGAUUACUCAUAGGAAUUCCGUGGCUCGGCUGGGGACAUGGUUCACGUCUCACAGGACUGGCUGUUGGGUCCGCGUACAUAUUUUAUGAUGGGCAGAAACACGUAUGGCAACCAUCACGUAAAAUAGCAUUCAGGGGCAUGAAACUCUUGGGUAUGGUAUGAUAAGCUUAAUCGGGUCAAAAAGGAGAGUAUUAAUUACGGCAAAAUCAAAGUUAUGAUAGUUGGGCAGGUGUUGAUGAUAAGGUCCCAAUGCUGUCUAUAUAGGCAUUGGUAACUGAUUUCGGCUUCUAAUUCUUCGGCUUCGUCAGAUCUUCGGGUUUGGGUAAAGGAAAAGGGGAUUGUGAAUAGGAACACAUCGAAAAGUAAACAUUAAGGGGGCUGCAUUGGACAAACAAUUUGGGGAUGGAAUGGACCUACAUAUAGUAUAUAAAAGGGGUCAUUCGGGUGGUACGAUAAGAGAUACCCUUCCCUUAGAAUUUUGAUACCAAAUGAAUUUCUUUUUAGUCUAAAAA